AUGGCGGAGCUCCGCCCUCCCAGAAAUACCAUCACCAGAAAUCUUCCACAGGAGAUUCUGUUUUUCCAGAUACUACUACCAAGGCUUCCGGUGAAAGCUCUACCCAAUGCUAUGUGUGUUUGCAAGAAAUGGUACUUGUUCCUAAAAUCAGGCACAGGCAAAUCCCAAUAUUCUGACAAAUCUUCUGGUCUACUUUUAUGGAAUCCUUUGACAGAUGAAUAUAAGAACUUGUCUAAUAAGGGUUGUCAUGAUAAAGAAUGUUACACGACCAUUGAACAGGGACGAGGAACUUUGAUUAAGUCAUAUUCAGUUAUGAGGUUCCACACAAAGACCGAAGAGUUCACAGAGAUAGCAAUGCCCUCUUUCGGAAACCAAAUGACAAGGUGUUUGGGUUUCAUGGUUCUAAGAGGAUGCAUCCACUUCUGUAUUGUCAUUCUCAUUGGGAAAGAAAAUGAUAUAGCAAACCGACAAUGUUCUGAAAUGAUUGAGUUAUGGAGAAUGGAUGGAGAUAAAGAUUGGACGAAGGUGUUAACUUAUGGCCCGAUGUCGUUUUCUCUUUUGGGUGGGUCGAUACUGCACUUUAUGAGAAAUGGAAAUUUGCUCCUUCAAAAUGAAGGUAAUGUUUACGUAUUCGAUAUGAAGAAGGAUACCAAAGAAAUUGUGUUUACAUGUCACCCAAUCAACCCCCCAAAUAUGUAUGAAGCACACCAAAGAAGAAUGGAUUGCGAUAUCCCUCCACUAGGGAAAUACAUCGAGAUACCGUGUCACCCAAUCGGUACCCCCUACAUGUAUGUAGUAACUCCAUCAUACUGA